UCAUAUCCGACAGUCUCCUCACUUCCGGAAGAAGCGGAAAACAACAGUGUGGAUUCACAUCUCACUUUCGGCAAAAAAAUCGACUAGGAAAACAGAGACAGACAUUUAGAUUCAGGUCUUCUUAUUGACACUGAACUGAAGUGUCGACAUGUUUUCCUUCCACGUCUUCGACCCGCUGUCCCGGGGUUUCCAGAACCGGUUCUCCACUCAGUACCGCUGCUACUCGGUGUCCAUGCUGGCCGGUCCCAAUGACCGCUCCGACGUGGAGAAAGGAGGCAAAAUAAUAAUGCCACCUUCAGCUCUCGACCAGCUCAGCAGGCUUAAUAUCACAUACCCGAUGCUGUUCAAGCUGACCAACAAGAACUCAGACAGACAAACGCACUGUGGUGUCCUUGAGUUUGUGGCAGAUGAAGGAAUCUGCUACCUGCCGCACUGGAUGAUGCAGAACCUUCUGCUGGAGGAAGGUGGUCUUGUCCAGGUGGAAAGUGUGGACCUCAUGGUGGCGACUUACUCAAAGUUCCAACAGAGCCCCGACUUUCUGGACAUCACAAACCCUAAGGCAGUACUGGAGAACGCUUUGAGAAACUUUGCCUGCCUGACAACUGGUGAUGUCAUAGCGAUCAACUACAAUGAAAAGAUCUAUGAGCUGCGAGUGAUGGAGACCAAACCCGACAAAGCCGUGUCGAUCAUCGAGUGUGAUAUGAACGUGGAUUUCGAUGCUCCUUUGGGUUACAAAGAGCCUGAACGUCGACCUCAGCACCAAGAAGAACCAACUGAGGAAGAAGGCGAUCCCGCCAGUUACGCUGACAUGGACACAGGAUUCAGAGCGUUCACCGGCUCUGGAAACCGUUUGGAUGGUAAACUAAAAGGGAUUGAGCCCAGCCCUGCUCCUCUUGGCCCAAGCGAUAUCAAAAGGGGCAUUCCCAACUACGACUUCAAAAUUGGCAGGAUCACUUUCAUCAGGAACUCGAAGCCUCUGCCGAGGAAGUUUGUAGAAGAUGAUGACGCUUUCAGAUUCAUCGCCUUCUCUGGAGAAGGACAGUCACUACGCAAGAAGGGCAGAAAGCCUUAAAGGUUUUUGUGGGAAUGGACUGGCUGAUGUGCACAAACCCACCAGAUCUAGUGUCACCUUCUACAGCAAACUUAUUAAAAAAAAAAACUGGCCCUGAGAUGCAGUGGGACUUUUUCUAUCUCAUUGAAAAGAAGAGAUGUUUGCUCUGGGUUGUGUUGUUGAUGACGGGGAUGUUCAUCUUAAAAAAAAAAAAAAAAAAAGCUGAGCUGCAUAAAAUAAUGUAAUGUAAAUUUGGUAUCCACACGCCCAGGGUGACUGUUUUGAGUGAGGCAUAACAGAAAUAUAUCCACACACCAUCAACACAAAGAAUGACUUGUGAAGAAUCGUAUCACUGUUGUUGCUUUUGAAACACCUGACUCUUCCCUUCCCCCCUUUUUUUUCCUUUUUUCCAAGAGUUUCAUUUUAAUUCACUUUAAAUAUACUGCUAUCCCCCAUAAUUCUGAACAAUAAAAGCUGGAUGCUCUUGUUUUUGAUGAUAAAGUAUUUUAAGUUUUAAUCUUUUUUUCUGAGUUUAAAGAUUAUUUCAAAGUGUUUUCCUUUGUUUCUGGUUUAUUUAUAGACAAAUAAAGGACUGUGUAUUGAAAUGGA